AUGAGAGCCCGCAGCUCGCCGGGCGCCGGCAAUAUUUGGCCGCGGCCCCCGCGCUCCCAUCCCCAGAGCGCGCUCGCCCUCCGCGCACGGACCUCCAUGGCCCGGCCCGGCCCCGCGCCGCUCGGGGGGUGCGGGCCCCGCUGAGCGCCCCGCGGCCCGGGGAGCCCCCCGCAGCAGCAGCAGCAUGAGCCCGGGCGCGGGGGCCCAGUCGGGGCUCUCUCGGCAGCGCGGAGCCGGCGGACGCGCCGCGGGCCCGUAACGGGCAGUGCCCCGAGGGGAGCGCGGGCAGGACCCCCUUCCCCCGUCAUUUCUCCGUCUGGACCCCGCCCCGGAGAGAUAUGCUCAGCUCAAACCGCCUGGAAGCGUCUCCUGGGAUUGCCGUGGCCCCCGGGCGUGCGGAGUGCGGAGCCUUCCCUCGGACGGCGGGCGCGGCCCCCCGGCUUUGCCUUCCCCUCGUCCUCCUGCUGCUCGCCCUGACGCCCUGCGCCGACUCCUCGUGGUGGUACAUCGGGGCCCUGGGCGCCAGGGUGAUCUGUGACAACAUCCCCGGGCUGGUGAACAAGCAGCGCCAGCUCUGCCAGCGCUACCCUGACAUCAUGCAGUCGGUCGGGGAGGGAGCCAAGGAGUGGAUCCGGGAGUGCCAGCACCAAUUCCGGCACCACCGCUGGAACUGCAGCACCCUGGACCGCGACCACACCGUCUUCGGCCGGGUCAUGCUGCGAAGCAGCAGGGAGGCCGCCUUUGUCUACGCCAUCUCCUCGGCUGGGGUGGUCUAUGCCAUCACGCGCGCCUGCAGCCAGGGCGACCUCAAGGUCUGCAGCUGUGACCCACUCAAGAGGGGCCGCGCCAAGGACGAGCGUGGGGAGUUCGACUGGGGCGGCUGCAGCGACAACAUCAACUACGGCAUCCGCUUUGCCAAAGCUUUCGUGGAUGCCAAGGAGAAAAAAGUGAAGGAUGCCCGGGCACUGAUGAACCUGCACAAUAACCGCUGUGGGAGGAUGGCUGUGAAGCGCUUCCUGAAGCUGGAGUGCAAAUGCCACGGGGUCAGCGGCUCCUGCACACUAAGGACUUGUUGGCUGGCAAUGUCAGAUUUUCGAAAAACAGGGGAUUACCUAAGGAAGAAAUACAAUGGGGCCAUCCAGGUGACAAUGAAUCAGGAUGGCACUGGCUUCACAGUGGCCAACAAGAACUUCAGGAAGCCCACAAAAACAGACCUGGUGUAUUUUGAGAACUCACCUGAUUACUGUGUGAUGGACAAGUCAGCAGGCUCCCUGGGCACGGCCGGCCGCGUCUGCAGCAAGGCGUCGCGCGGCACCGACGGCUGCGAGGUGAUGUGCUGCGGGCGCGGCUAUGACACCACACGCGUCACCCGCGUCACCAAGUGCGAGUGCAAGUUCCACUGGUGCUGCGCCGUGCGCUGCAAGGAGUGCCAGGACACUGUGGACGUGCACACCUGCAAAGCGCCCAAACGGGCCGAGUGGCUGGACCAGACCUGAGGAGACGGCGGCGCCGAGGGAAGGAGCCGCUACCACCCCCUUGCAGUGUUUUUAAACCCCCGUGCCCUGAGGGCCACGAUGUUCUGGGAGCUGUAGUUCAACUGCAUGGCUUUUAUUUAAUUAAUUCUACGAAGCACUAAGGAAAGGACUGCAGUUCCCAGGAGGUACUGUGGGCCCUUCGGUGUGCUCAGCAAAACUAAUCCCCGACCCAGCAGGAGGCUGCAACCCUCGGGACGGUGCCACCAGGUCGGGCUCGAGGACUGACAGUCAGGAGUGAUGGCUGAGGAAUCCUGCACCUGCCUGGAGAACCUACCUUACAAGACAGCUUCACCAGUGAAAACACUAGUUCAGAAUAAUCCGCUCUUGCAAAAGCAUUCCUGCUUUUUCUUUUUUGCAAGGCCAGAGGAAGGGUGCUGUGAAUCUGUAACACAGUUCCACGGUGCCUGUGUUUCCCUCGAGCAGACCUGGCACAUCUCACUAACCCCACUGAGCAAGUCACCUCUGCAUGAGGCUUGUCCCCAUGUCCCCAGCACAGGGAGCAGGUGGAGCUGUGGCUUGGAACUGAACCCUGCAGGACUGCACAAAGUCCACCUCUAGAUGCUGGUGGACACAAGGGCUUGAGAGAGCAAGUGAAACCUGAGAACUUCCUGGUAGGUUCUGAAGUCAAUGAUACAGCAGCAUCUCUGUACAACUCACGUGUAUGUUGUGUUUACUGCUUAUUAUUUUAAGUCAAAAUUCAUUAUAAACCUGUAUCAGAAAAUUA